UCAGAGGCGGAGUUUCACCUCAGCACCGAAACCAGCUGAAAAAAAAAUUCAGGUGUCCGCAGUUCAGUCACUCAGUCAGUAACUCAUAUCAGUAACGCAUGCAGGACUACUGCGGGGACCAGAACGCGGUAUUUUAAUUCACUAAAGAACGAGUGAAAACAAUAUUAAGCCAUAAGGACAAGCGCGUUUUAUUGUGUACGGUGGUGUGUUUGUAUUGAACAUCUUUUCCCGGUGUGUUUUCGUGCGUCGCUUCCGCUUUUUUUCUCUCGUUCAGCAGCCAAAUUUUUGUCAGGACUUCAAUGGGAAUUUCACAUUCUCUGUAAACUGUUUCACUUGGACACUGAAAGGAAUAUCAAGUCAAUUAUCGUUCGUGCGAGUGAAUCCUAUUAUUCCUAAGGCUGAACUCCUCCAAGAGCAGCGUCUGAAACAUGGACGACCCUUUAAAGGUUGACUGAUUCCGGCUGACACCUUCAUAACUAUGCUGCGCGUCACUAGAGGCCUGAUGGCCACAGUACCCGCCAACAGCCCUCCCAAUUCCCCAGCACAAUUCAGGGAAUGAUCAAACCGUCCUGUCGGGGAUCCACGCAUUAAGAGACCUCUUACAUACAGGACGGCAGACACCCUAAAUCCAAUGGCAUGGGUCAAGUUCUUCAGGAGGCCGGGUGGCAAUCUCACCAGGUCUUACCAGCCGGGAUCUAUGCUGUCCUUGGCUCCUACCAAGGGACUACUAAAUGAACCAGGACAGAACAGCUGCUUCCUCAACAGUGCAGUGCAGGUGCUUUGGCAGCUGGAUAUCUUCCGACGGAGUCUUCGUCAGCUUCCAAACCACCACUGCUUGGGCGACUCCUGUAUCUUCUGCGCUUUGAAGGGAAUAUUCUCUCAGUUCCAGCACAGCCGAGAGCGAGCGUUACCCUCAGAUAACCUGCGCAACGCCCUCGCAGAAAACUUCAAGGAUGAGCAGCGCUUUCAGCUGGGCUUCAUGGACGACGCUGCCGAGUGCUUCGAGAACAUACUAGAAAGGAUUCACCUGCACAUCGCGCCUGAUGCCGAAACUGAUGCCUGCACAUCUAAAUCCUGCAUUACUCAUCAGAAGUUUGCUAUGACACUUUAUGAACAGUCAGUGUGCAGGAGCUGUGGUGCGUCGUCUGAUCCGCUUCCCUUCACUGAGCUGGUGCACUAUGUGUCCACCACUGCCCUUUGCCAACAGGUGUUGGACAGAAGAGAUGAACGCCUUCGUCCAGAGACGUUUGGGGAGCUGCUUCAAGCCGCCAGCACCAUUGGAGAUCUGCGCAACUGUCCGAGUAACUGUGGUCAGAGAAUCAAGAUCAGGCGUGUGCUGAUGAACUCUCCGGAAAUCGUGACCAUUGGGUUUGUGUGGGACUCAGAGCAGUCCGACCUCACGGAAGACGUCAUCCGAUCUCUCGGACCACACCUCAACCUCUCAGGGCUCUUUUAUCGUGUCACAGACGAGCGAGCGAAGAAGAGCGAGCUGCUAUUGGUGGGAAUGAUCUGUUACUCCAGCAAACAUUACUGUGCCUUUGCUUACCACACCAAAUCCUCCAAAUGGGUUUUCUUUGAUGACGCCACUGUCAAAGAGGUGGGAUCCAAGUGGAAAGAUGUGGUCACGAAAUGCAUCCGCGGUCACUUUCAACCCCUGCUGCUGUUUUACUCCAACCCUGACGGCAGUGCUGUGGUCACAGACGAGACGCAGAGCAGGAACAGCAGUGAUUCUCAGAAUAAGAGCACAGUCAAUGGAGAAACACCAGGUACUCCUACUUUGGGUGGAAAGAAGUUUGAAUUGACUCGAGAGAAUUUGACCGCUUUUAUCUCAAACCAUGGUACUCUAAAGCAGAAAUCUCAGCCUCCGUCUGUGUUCAGUCGAAGCAGCAACCAGACGAGUGGCGGCAGAGGCCCAGUGAAGAUGAACUUUGAUCCAAAGAGUCGAAUCCGAGAUAUUUUCAGGGAGCUGCCAAAAGAAGGACGUCCCAUCAACUUUAUGAAAAAGGAUUCGGAUCGAUCACAGACGAGACCAGAGGCAAUGAGAAACCGAGGGAGGCACAGAUGUGUUGUAGAUUUUAGCAAAGCUUUGGAGUGGAAUAAACUGGCUCACGGUGCUCUGCUGGUCCUUAUGGACCCGAACCAAAGGAGGUAUGAGGAUUCAAAGGCCGACAUCUCAACAUCAUCCAUUGUCUAUGGUGACCAUCAGAGGAAAACUCUUGAUUAUCCAGUGAGUCCUGUUAUCCAAAGAGGUCAAGUGUCGAGAUGUAAAGAGCGUCUGGAGAAGACUGAAAUGUGGAACGGCAGCUCCAUCUCUCCUCUCUUCAUCAAAACCAGCAACUCCAACUGGAUCCCUUCAGAUAAUCUGGAGGAUUCCCGAAAAACCACCCUUCCGUCUCCGCUUCCCUGUCCAAACCCAGCGCCUCCGCUUCAUCCUAAACCACAUGCAGACUCCGGCUCCACCGCUCUCAAGUGGCUGGAAAACUCCUCUGCCUCGCCUCCAUUUCCUCCCAAACCACACGCAGACCCCUCCGUUGGAAAACUUUCUAUGUGGCUGGAAAACUCCUCUGAUUCCCGGAUGAUCCCGUCGGACAGUAGCUCCAGGUCUGGUUCUUCUGAUCAGGAUGCUGAAGAGCGGAUCUCCAGAGCGGCGUCUGGAUCUCCGGUGAUUCCCAUGACGUACUUCUCGGUGGACGCCUGCAUGACGGACACGUACCGCGCUAAAUAUCACAAGAGGAGAGCACCGCUGUACAUAACGGCGGACUCUAGAGAUCAAACCUCGUCUGGAGAGAGCGAUUAUGGGGAACAAGUGUCUCCCGCUCCCACCGAAACACACAGCAGAGCUGCAGUUCAGGCGUCCAGUAAAACCGCUGCCAGGUGGAACCCGGUGUCUGUGAAAGGACUGGAUGAACACGGUUUCCUCUGACCACACAUCUACAAUCACUGAGAGAGAGUGUGUGUGUGUGUGUGUGUGCUGAUUUUUGGUGGAUUAUGAGGACAUAAAUGUUCAGAAAUGUAAUUCAAAGCUGUUAAUAAUCAUGCUCAGUGGGCUCUUUUCACAUUCAGCACAUCACAUAGGGGGUCCGGAGAUCUAAUAAGCGUUGUUUAUGGUAUAACAUACAUUAAUAUGGAGAGUCCUCAUGAACCACCAAAUCCCCUGUGCGAGUGCGCGUGUGUGCACCUAUAAGCGCGUGCAAGCGAGUGUGUUUGAGUGUGAAUGCGUGAGAGUGCGUGGGUGUGUAUGCGUGCAUGUGUGUGUGCGCAUCUUUUCUUUGCAUGUGUGUGCGUACUUACGUGUGAGCGUGUGUGUGAGCCCACAUGUGUGAGUGUGCGAGUGCAAGUAUGUAUGUGCUUGUGUGCAUACGUGAGAGAGAAUGUGCGUGUGUGUGUGUUUGCAUGUGUGUCUGUGCUUGCAUGCAUGUGCGAGCGUGUGUGUGAGCCCACGUGUAUGCGUGUAUGUGUGCGUGUAUGCGUACAUGUGUGAGCCUGUGUGUGUAAAUGUGUGUCUGUGAGUGAGCGAGCGAGCGCGUGUGUGUGUGUGUGUGUGUGUGUGUGUGUGUGUGUGUGUGCGCGUUUGCAUGCAUGUAUGCACGUGUGUGCGCCUGCAUGUGCGAGCGAGUGUGUGGGUGUGUAUGCAUGCAUGUGUGUGCAUGCAUGUUAUUGCGCGUGUGUGUGUGUGUGUGUGUGUGUGUGUGUGUGUGUGUGUAAGUGUGAGCCCACGUGUGUGCGCGCAUACAAGCGUUUGUGCCUGUGCUUGUGUGUGUACGUGUGAGAGCGCGUGUGUGUUUGCAUGCAUGUAUGCAUGUGUGAGCGUGUGCAAGUGUGUUUGUGCGUGUGUAUGUGUGUGCGAGCGCGUGCGUGAGCCCACAUGCGUGAGUGUGCAAGUGUGUGCGUGUAUGUAUGUGCGUGUGCCUGUGCUUGUGUCCAUACGUGUGAGAGUAUGCGUGAGCAUGUGUGUGUGUGUGUGUACUUGCGCAUGCAUGUAUGCAUGUGCAAGCAAGUGUGUUCGAGUGCGUGGGUGUGUGUGUGCAUGCAUGUGAGAGCAUGUGCAUGUUUUUGUUUUGUGUGUGGGCGUGUUUGAGCACGUUGGUGAGUGUGUGUGUGUGUGUGUGCGUAUGUGUGAGCGCGUGUGUGAGCCCACAUGCGAGUGUGUGCAUGCGUGUGCGCGCGCGUACAUGUGAGAUCAUGUGCAUGCGUGAGAAUGUGCCUAUGUGUAAGCCUGUGUGUGUGCCUGUACUUGCUUGUGUAGGUGCAUGCUCAUGUGUAUGUGUGUGUGAGUGUGUAUCAGUAUCAGACGUGGAGCUUGCACACCUUCAAGCCAAAGCAGAACAAUAUUUGAGAAAGAAAAGACCCCCCAACACUCCCUCCGCAGGCUCAGUGAUGUCCGAACACUGAGGACUAGCUGAAUGAACUGAGAGAGCUGAGAGAAUAAGAAUGAUUGUCGGAUCAGUGUGUGUGUUAAAGCGGUUUCUGUCCUGUUUCUGAUGUUUAUCGAGUCCUUCAUGUGUUCAGCUGCUGUUUGAGCUGCUAACAGAUUCACUCAUGUUUCAGCUAAACCUGAAACAUCCAGCUCAUCUGAAUGUCUGAAAGCCUUUCUGUUGGUUCGGGGUGUGUGAUGUUUGUGUUAUUUGGUCACUGAUCAGUAAUUAAACCGGACUCUUUAUUAUGAUAAGCUCAGUUUUUCCUGGAAAGUGCACAGAAAUGAUGGAGAAACACUGGAGAUGGCUCAUUUUGACGUGGUUUGGCUGCAUCGACAUGUUUUUCUUUUUGUAUUAGGAGUCCUGCAGCUGUACGUUUGGUCUUUGUUUUAUUUGUAUGAUAACUCGUUUUGUAUAUUGCUUGGUAGAACACUGAAAAGUGCCUUAUUUUGUAUGUAAAGAUGGGAUAAAGGUGUUUUUUUUAUCUGUACAAUGUUAACUUUUUCAAUUCUUUUAUAAUAUUGUAGUUGAUUUUGAUUAAGAGCUUUUAAUAAACUGAUUUAUUUAAGCA